GUAGCCAAGGUAAUAGACCUUUGGACAUUUGUCAGUGCGGUGCCAGACAUCAUCCUCUCUGAAGGCUGUUUGUGCUCCUCCCUCCUCUACGUUUGAUGCUAAUUGAAGGGAGGGGGAGUGUAUAACGUAUUUCUCUGUCAACUCAACGUUUAGCUGCGCCACUGUUUCUGUCACGACCAGUCGACAGAUCCACCCACUCGCGACGUUUUUUGGAGCGAGUAAUAUAAAGCUUAUUGUAAAAUAUUUAGUGGCAGGCCUAUGCUAUAGGACUUUAUUGUGUUUCUUUAAAAAAAAAAAGAUACUACGAAAAAUUGUAGGCGUAUCUAGGAACCAGUCCAAAACACACAAAAGGAGCGGAACAAGGAUAUCCACUCUCUCUCAGACUUGCUGGGAAAGCAGGUUAUUUGAGGACCAAACGACAGACCAUGGAAGAUAGCCCUCAGCGGACCGUGCAAGGCCUGGGCUCCUUCCCGUGGUAUGUGGGGGGGACUCAGGUUCUGGGCCUGGCCUGUGUGGUGAUCACGGGCGUGUGGAUGGGCAGCUAUCACGGAGGCUACGCCUGGGAUGGUUCGGGACAGGAAUUCAAUGUACAUCCCCUCUGCAUGGUCCUGGGCCUGGUCUUUCUCUAUGGAGAUGCGAUCCUGGUGUACAGAGUAUUUAGGAAUGAAAGCAAACGCAACGUCAAGGUUCUCCAUGCUGUGCUCCACCUUCUCGCCCUCAUUAUCAGCAUAGUGGGUAUCGUGGCUGUGUUUGACUUCCAUAAUCAUAACAAGAUCCCCAACAUGUACUCCCUUCACAGCUGGUGUGGCAUGCUCACCUUUGUUCUCUUCUGUGUACAGUGGCUGAUAGGGCUUGGUUUCUUCCUCUUCCCUGGGACGUUAAUGGCGCUGCGGAGCUGGUACCUGCCACUACAUGUCUUCUUUGGCUUGGCCAUGCUCGCCAUGUCCCUAGCCACCUGCCUACUGGGCAUUUCAGAGAAAUUGUUCUUCAGUAUCCAACACACAUAUUCACAGUUUGCUCCAGAGGGGAUCCUUGGUAACAUGCUAGGACUGCUGCUAGUAGCAUUUGGGAUUCUGGUAGGCUACGUGGUGACACGGGAGGACUUCAGGAGACCCCCGCACCCAGAGGAAGAGGCUUUGUCUGUGCACUUUAAGACCCUGACUGAGGGGCGAGGGAGCCCCACCUCACCUUAAACCAGGAAACACUCCUGUGUGCUCAGGCUUUUAUUUAAAACAUUAUUUUUUAUUUUUUUUUUAUUUUAAAGCUGGUGUAUAUGAGCUGGGCUGGAACAAAAGCCUACACACCCAGUAUCUCUCAAAGACCAGCUGGAGAUCUGGCUGAUUAUGCUGUCUUUAUUUCAUGUCACAUCAAGAGCUGUUCUUCACCCCUUGUGAUGAAAUGGAGGUAUGACAGGAUUCAUUUGACAAAUGUAUUUGAUUGCUGCCACAGAUUAGCCAUCACAAAAAUGCCAUAUUAGGGCUCUAAAAACAAAAUAGCCUUUGCUAAGUGUUCAGUGAGGACAAAGCCAGUUAGUUGUGCCUUCAUCUAGGGCAGCCCCCCCCCCCAGAAGUUUCAACCCUAAAGCACAUCUGGCUUGAUGGUUACUUGACUAAUUGAAUCAGGUGUGCCAGUUAAAACGUCUGGGGGGGCCCUGGGAGAGUUGGGAAACCUGCUACCACCUAUCCAAUAGUUUCAGGCAAUUGGAUAUUUCAAAACAGAAAAUUACCCAAUCAAGAUUAAAAGUAAGUGAUUAGGAUACUCUGUAGAGCAUUGUGCUUGCAGGAUAGUGGGUUUGAUUCCCGGAGACUACCCAUAUGUAAAAAAUAAAUCAAAUGCAUGCAUAACUAAGUUGCACAUUUUGAUCACACUUGAAGGGUGGAAGGCACUACAACCAAGACAUUUCAAGGUGGGGAGGUUUAAACGUUCCUUAUGUUAAAUCGACUGCAGUAUAGGUAUGUAGUCAGUUAUUGAAGUGUCAAAUAAAUGCAUGUUCUGUGAUAUGCAGACAUUUUAUCUUAGUUACUUUGUUUCACUAUGACAGUGUAGAAGUAGUAACGACCUGUAGAGGGCAAGGUGUAGGCCUACUCAAAAUCCUGUGAUCGUAAUAUUGCAGGAACUCAUCUUUUUUUGGAACCCCCCCAGCUCAAUUGAUAUCUUGAUUUACAGAGUCAAUUUGUUAAUAAAUGUAAAAUGCUCAGAGCUAGUGUAAUGGAAGGGAGUUACUGGAUUUAAUCGCACUAAGCUGCUUAUAUGUAUCCAUGUUUGCGAAUAGAUUUAACAGUCGCUGGUUUGUGUAUGAAUUAUGUAUUGUAAUUCUCUUUGUUCAAAGCAUCUACUUGUUCGAAUAAUUGAACUAAGAUCACUUGAUUCAAUAUCGCUGCCUCUUUUCACUUGUGGAAACUUGUUCUAUACAAUUAAACCUAUAUUGCCUUCCUAUCACUUAUUAAAGAUGCAUGACUCAA